UUGAAGAGGAGAAGUGAUAGCGGUGCCUUGGAGAACUUUCUGGACAGUGUUUCUCUAGUAAAUAUCAGUAAAUUUCCUUAAUAUGGCUUUAGCUCGUAUAUCUUUGCUGAAAGCUUGGCGACCAGUGUUAGCAGUGAGUCAAGUCAGGAUGGGGGGCGAAUAUGGAUCUGGAGCAGGCAGUGGAGGUGGUACUGGAGGAUCUAUCCGUGAUGCAGGAGGUGCCUUUGGUAAGAUGGAAGCCGCACAUGAGGAACAAUAUUUCAGGGCAUUGCAAGCGGAACAGCUCAAAGCCCUGAAGAAACACCAUAAUGACGAAAUCGAGGCACAUGAGAGUGAAAUCCGUAGACACGAAGAAUCAAUCAAAAGGCUUAAGAAGCGAAAGGAUGAAAUCGAAAGCGAUAGUGAUUAGAUUGAAUUUAUUCUAACUUGUCAUACGGCACCAUGUAUGAAGCAUAAUGUAUUGCAAGAUGAUAUUUUCUCAGAUUAUCAGUAUGUUUUGCUUCAAAGUUUGUUAAAGAUCUGUAUAUUCAUUCAGGAGUUAGUGGUGUGACCAACUAUAAAUACUGAUCUAAAAGAGAAGAAAAAUACUUUGCUCAAAAGGUGAUUGUUCUAUUUCUUUGAUUUUGAUCAACCUAAAAGAAUGUGAUUCUCUUCUGUCAAUUUUAUCCAUAGAUAAUCUGAAAUGAUUGUAGUUAUUAUUUUUCUUCUAAAAUGCAUCUAAUUGCCUUGUUAUUUUACUGCGUAUGCUCAAAGCAAAUCAAGUUUCAACUUUUCAGACCACAUGUGUUGAAAUAAGUUGAAAGAGACCGUCUAAUUUAGCAAUUAUCAGACAUACUCUACAAAUUGACAAAUAUCUUCCUUUUCCAUACCUUUAUCACAUUGAGAGUUGAAGUUUAGGAGAUUAUUGAUAUGUCCAUGUUUUGCAUGAGAAUCUGUGUCAUUUCCUUGAAUUACUUCAGGAAAACAUACUUGACUUUCUCAUAUUGAAAGGAGACUCCUCAUUGACGUAUCCAAAUGCUUACCCUGCGUGUACACACAAGGUAUUAAGUGUGAUACAUGUACAUGUAUGUGUUGUUUAUAGAGAUGUGAAGUUAAUACAAAAUUAAAAACUAAAACAAUGUA